AAUUACUGGCUUACUGGGCAGAUUCUUGUCUGGCAUGAUUUAAAUUAUAGCAGUUGUUACCACCUUAAAGGGAUAUUCCGGGUUCAGUGCAAGUUAAGCUCAAUCAACAGCAUUUGUGGCAUCUUUAUUACCAAAAAAAAAAAAAAAAGGUUACAGUGGGGUCACUUACAAUGGAAGUGAAUGGGAUUUUUUGAGGGUUUAAAGGCAGAAAUGUGAAGAUUUACACGGAAAAGGUUGGUACGUUUUAUCACACUAAAAUCAUGUUAACACACAUAGUUUACAUCUUGUGGCUAUACUUUUAUAACAGUAUUUUAAUGUUUAGGGAUUGGCUCCAUUCCCUCACUGGAACACAGAUUUUUAUUUAUGUAAAGAAAAGGAGGGGCAAGACAUCAUAAUUGUGGUAAUCAAUAUGCAACAAAUGCUGUGGAAUGAACUUAGUACUGUACAAUGAACUUGUACUGAACCCGGAAUAUUCCUUUGAUAAUCAAAGGUAGGGCAAUCUAAUGGAUUUGUGUUAAGGGCCGUUCCCACCGAAUGAGUUUGUCAGUCUGCGAUCUUAUCCAUUGUUUUCUAUGUAAACGUGCUCUAGACUUUUUUUUUUCCUUUCUCCCUCAGUAAAAAAAAAAAAGAACAAGUUUUAAAAGCGCAUCUCGAGACAUGGGCUCAUAUUUAUGCUUUGUGUAACGUCAAGCUUUUAUAGCGCAAUAACGAGUUCGUUUUGAACGGCCCCUCCUGUCCUUUCAUUAUUCACAUAUUGUCACUGUCUGCAGAAUGCACUGUCAUCGUUGCCUAAAUACUCUCGUACUCAUUGUAGAUUAAUGCCAGUAGCUGUGUUUAUUUAACUAAGCAGAUGUAGAUUGUUUCGCUUGUUUGUCCAGGAAGUAUGAAGGGUGUUUUUUAGUAGGCUACUUGGAUGCUUGCGGAAGACCUUGUUGAGUCCAGCCGCUGGGACCGCAGUCAGUUUCGAGUCUGAUGUGAAAGGACCACCACAAGGAUCACUGUGUGAAAUCUAUCGGCGGAACGACUCUCUCCGUGAUAAACUACCUGUCAAAACCAGAGACCAACGAACACGGCUUAAUUUUAAAAACACAUGUAAAUUAUUUCGCUUAUGGCAAAUCGGGAAAAGAACAAAAAGGAACUUCUAGAGUUGGUGAAGCUGCCAGAGAAUAGUUGCUGUGCUGACUGUGGAGCUCCAGAACCAGACUGGGCUUCAUGUACACUUGGAAUAUUUGUGUGUCUGAACUGUUGUGGAACUCAUCGCAAUCUUCCUUCUGUAAGUCGUAUCAAAUCCAUACGCCUAGACUUCUGGGAUGACGAGGUUGUGCAGUUCAUGAAGGCCAAUGGAAACAGAGCUGCCAAAAACUUCUAUGAGAAAUUUGUCCCUGUCUUUUAUUAUCAACCCCAGAGAGGAGACUGCGAGGUGUUGAGAGAACAAUGGAUUCGAGCCAAAUACGAAAGAAUGGAGUUUACAGAGGAAAAUACAGAAAGACCCUACACAGCAGGUGUCUAUGAGGGCAUGUUAUGGAAGAAAGGAAAGGAUAAUGGACAGUUUCUCGAGAGGAAGUUUGUUCUUUCAGUGCACGAUUUUACCCUCAAGUACUACAAGGAGGAUGAAUCUAAGGGGCCAAAGGUUGUCAUCUCUGUGAAGGAUCUGAAUGCGACCUUCCAGCCUGAGAAGAUAGGACAUGCUCAUGGCCUUCAAAUCACCUACUGUGUGGAUGAUCACACACGAAACCUUUUUAUUUACCAUAAAAGUGGACAGGAAAUUGUAAAUUGGUUUAAUGCCAUUAGAGCUAUUCGCCAUGUCUACCUUAAAACAGCCUUUCCUACAGCAUGUGAUGGAGAUUUAAUACCAUGGAUAACCAGAAAUUAUCUGAAAGAGGGUUACAUGGAGAAGACUGGUCCUCUGCAACGAGAGCCCUUCAAGAAAAGAUGGUUUAUCUUGGAUUCCCUGGACAGGAAACUGCUCUAUUUUAAAACACAGCUGGAUGCUAUUGAACUUGGGGUUGUUUUCAUUGGCUCAGAGAAUCAUGGGUAUUCAGUAAGAGAGUGUGUGCCUAAAGGGACGAGAGGCAACAAAUGGAAGUGUGGGGUAACUGUGGAGACGCCGGAUCGACAGUUCGUCUUUAUGUGUGAGCAAGAACGCGACCAAAAGGAGUGGGUGGAGGCCCUCAAAAAAGUCAUCUCAAAACCCAUGCUGCCCCAAGAUUAUAUCACUGAAGCCAAUAUACGUAGACGGAGAUAAACACAAUGACUGGAUGGGACAAUGAGCUCAGAAUAAGAUGUGCCAUUGGACUCUAUAUUCAUUUUAGAAGAACCCUUAUUUUCUGAUUUCAAAUCUUGGGUUGAACAUUUGAUGACAAACAGUCCCUGAGCAUGACCCUUUGGGCAUUAUCUCUAGCAAUAAGUUAAAAAAUUGAUCUCUCCUGGUCAAUUUUAAGAUGUGAAAAUGCUUAACAUACUGACAGAUCAUUUAAGCACUGAAAGGACAUCAGAAUGAUUGUGGUUGGUCUGGAGGGGAUGAAAGAAUUGGUUGAGCUUUAUCUGAAGAGCAAAAAUAUUAAUCUGACUGCUGUGUGAAGAUCUUGGCUGUUCAUACAAGGAAAGAUCCUGAAGCUUUGUCAAAAGACCUGAAGUGAUUCAUGGGCCUAUAACAUUUUAUGCCUAUAAGAGAGAACUAAAUUAGACUCACAGGUGACUAAAUGCACCAUACAGGAGCUGAUUGAGACACAAAAUAGAACUGGAAGUGGUCCAUGAUAAUGUCCACUAAUCACACUAACAAUAUUGUCUCAAUAUGAAGACGGUGAUGAGUCUUGGAGUUUGUGAUGAGCAAACACUUGAGCUUCAUAAAACUGACAUUUGGCCAGUUUUUGCUUUCUGAUUUAGAACCAUGUGGGUUAUUGAACAAAGCUGAAUUAUUAUGUCCACAGUUUUUUUAUUUUAUUUAUAUUAACAUGUAUCUUCACACAGGUGCCGUGGGUGCUCGGGCACUCAAGUACCCACGGGAAUGGCCGAGCACCCACGGAAAAGCACAAGAUAUCCCCCAUUAAUUUUCUCUAUAUGCAUUUAAAAAAAAAAAAUUAUUAUCAAUAUUUCUCAGCUUUGACCCAAACCAGAAAGCUCUAUUAUUAAUUAACGACAUUAAAAUAUUUUAUUUGAAGCAAAGCAUUUUCAAAAAUCGAAAAAAGCGAUUGGUAAUUGGGAACUUCUCUGAUUGGUGGAUCUCAUUUAGAGAUUGCGGUUCCAGCAGGAGAUCUGGACACUGAUCAGCCACAACAUUAAAACCACUGACAGGUGAAGUGAAUAACAUUGAUUAUAUUGUUAUAGUGGCACCUGUCAUAGGGGUGGGAUAUAUUAGGAAGCAAGUGAACAUUCAGUUCUUGAAUUUCAUGUGAUGGAAGCAGGAAAAAUGGGCAAGCAUUAGGAUCUAUGCGUCUUUGACGAGAGCCAAAUUGUGAUGGCUAGACGACUUUGUCAGAGCAUCUUCAAAUCGGCAGGUCUCGUGGGGUGUUCCUGGUAUGCAGUGGUUAGUGGUACGCAGUGGUUAGUACCUACCAAAAGUGGUCCAAAGAAGGACAGCCGGUGAACCGGCAACAGGGUCAUAAGCGCCCAAGACUUAUUAAUGCACGUGGGGAGGGAGGGCUAGCCCGUCUGGUCUGAUCCCACAGAAGAGCUGCUGUAGCACAAAUUGCUGAAAAACCUAAUGCUGGCCAUGAUAGAAAGGUGUCAGAACACACAGUGCAUCGCAGCUUGCUGCAGACCGGUCAGAGUGCCUAUGCUGACCCCUGUCCACUGCCAAAAGCACCGACAAUGGGUACGUGAGCAUCAGAACUGAAUCAUAGAGCAAUGGAAGAAGGUGGCCUGGUCUGAUGAAUCACAUUUUCUUUUAGAUCAUGUGGAUGACCUGGUGCAUGUGCAUCGUUUACCUGGGGAAUAGAUGGCAGCAGGAUGCACUAUGGGAAGAAGGCAGGAUGGCAAAGGCAGUGUGGUGCUCUGGACAACGUUCUGCUGGGAAACCUUGGGUCCUGGCAUUCAUGUGGAUGUUACUUUGACACGUACCACCUACCUAAAGAUUGUUGCAGACCACGUACACCCCUUCAUGGCAGCGGUAUUCCCUGAUGCCAGUGGCCUCUUUCAGCAGGAUAAUGCGCCCUGCCACACUGCAAAAAAUUGUUCAGGGAUGGUUUGAGGAAUAUGACAAAAAGUUGACUUGGCCUCCAAAUUCCCCAGAUCUCAAUCCAAGGUCCCACCUCACAACUUAGAGGACUUAAAGGAUCUGCUGCUAAUGUCUUGGAGCCAGAUACUACGGGACCCUCAGAUGUCUUGUGGAGUCCAUGCCUCAAUGGGUCAGAGCUGUUUUGGAAGCACGAGUGGGACUACAUGAUAUUAGGCUGGUGGUUUUAAUGUUGUGGUUGAUUGGUUCCUUGGAUUUUACGAGACACAACUGCAGAUUAAAGUCUUGAAUAACGAAUUCAUUAAAAGCACCGCCGCAUGGAGAAAAAAACGUUGUAACUGACCAGGCUGAGCAUGCACAGUCUCAUAUUCCUUCCUGUUACUUAGGAUAAAAAUGUUUAUAGUUAAUGGGCAUUUGUUGCGUGCGUGGAUGUGUUUGUGCAUGCACCGUGCUUAGCCCAAAUUAAACUGCUUUGUUCAGAUACGAUUUUUUUUUUUGACACUGUUCAAACUGCAGGUUAUAUGUGGACAGAUUAGAUUUUUUCGUUCCUGUUCUGAUUGCAGUCAUUUUUGCUAGCACGAUUUUGAAAUGUUAAAAAACAUUUCAAAAUCGUUAUAACCUGUUAGUUUGGCGGUUAGUGAUGGGAAGUCUGAUUCUUUUGCACGAACCGGAUCUUUCGGACGGUUCGUUUCAAUGAACUGGUUAAAAAAACCAAUUCACUAGUUCAUUUACGUCAUCGCGUAAUGACGUCACUAUAUAUAAUGCUAAUAUGCCGGCGUCGUAGAAUAUACGCACAAACACAUUCAAUAAAUGGCAUAUUUCUGAUUAUAGCAUUUUAUUUAAUUAAGUUAGAAUAAUAAGGGUGUUUAUUGUCAUCAGUUUCAUUCAGUGAUCUUACAAUACAUCCUACAUUAAAUUUUUGCACCUAAAGCACCCAAUACUGACACUGAUAUACAAACGUGGAUGUUCUACACGUUUAAAGCAUAAAAAGUGAUUAAACUAGUCUUAAUCAACUUACCCAUUUUUACACAAACCAUGAUCCAGCUCAUCACAACUUCAGAUAUAAUCUGCAUGCACAAUACUCAAUAGUAAAAUUUGUUUACAUCUCUCGACUGAAACGUUUCGCCCCCUCAUUCAAGUCCUCAGUUCAUGCAUGCUCAUCAACUGCUCACUGAUCAGCAGUUCUCCGUAUUAUGUCCAAAAGAGGCAAUUCUCAGUUCAGUGUACUGGUGACUCGAGAACUGCUGUCCUCGGAUCAGUGUACUGUUGACUCGAGAACUGCUGUCCUCAGAUCAGUGUACUGUUGACUCAAGAACUGCUGUGAUCGACUCAAUGUACUGUUGACUCGAGAACUGCUGUCCUCGGAUCAGUGUACUGUUGACUCGAGAACUGCUAUGAAUGACUCCUUGUACUGUUGACUCGAGAACUGUUACUAGCGACUCAUUGUACUGUUGACUCGAGAACUGUUGCGACCCUAGUGUUCAGUCUGAUUUGUGAACUAGUUGGAGCGGAGUUGGCAAAAGCAGAUAUCACCAGUUCUAGGAUCAUAUUACUCCCGGUUUUUGGCUCAUUUCGAUUUGGAGUGUCAGUCACAUCCGAUAGACAGGUUAAGAUUUAGUAACUUGUGGAUCAAUGUUGACUCGAGACGCAAACUGUUUCAAACGAUUCAGUCUAAUCUAGUUAACUAGUUCAACUCGUUCACUAAAAAGAACCGGUUCUAAAGAACGAUUCGUUCACGAACUGGACAUCACUUAUGGUGGUAGGUAGAGCUGCACAAUUAAUCGUUAAAAAAUCAUGAUCUCGAUUCAGACACCCACACAAUCUAAUUUCUAUAUGAUAGGGUGACCAGACGUCCCCAUUUUCCAGGGACAGUCCCUGUUUUUGGUGGCCUGUCCCCGACUGGAGCUUUCCCCGGAAAUGUCCCCAUUUUUCCAGAGUGUUCAAGACAGUGUUCAUAGUGAAAUAUUACAUUGCAAGAAAGCCAGAGCAGCAAAACCUACCGUGUGCUGUUUAUUUUGACCAAUAGAAGGGCUGCUCGCUAUAGCAGCUUCAAUUCAUUCCCCCUCCUAGACUGAUUACUUGGUUGGGCCAGUUUUGCCAUUAAGAACUGGAACAGGCAAUUGAAGAGAAUUAUCAUUAUUGUUAUAAGCUGCAAGGCACAUACUAGCUAUUUAAGUUGUAAAGUUAUACUGUUGUGUAUUUUAAACAGGUUCUGAAUUUGCAGCGGGAUUGUAUUGCACUGUGUAAAAUGUUCCUGAAAGUUUGGCCUUAAUAAUGUGAGAAUUCCCGUACAAACUAUAACAUGCUGCUAAAAUUAGUCAAAUUAAUCCCCGCAGAUGAACAAAUAAAAUCAAUAAUUUUAUCUUUAAUCUGUAUGUAUUGUGUAUAUCAGCGCUAUCGGCCCACCAUCCCCUCUCCCUCCCUCCUGCACUAGUAAUAUUCAUACACUGACUAAAGGAAACACCUUCUCACAUACAGACCUGAAAUAAAUUUCAAAUAAGAAUAUGACAUUAAUAACAUGGAAAAAUAAAUAAAAAUUUAUAAAACAAAAUUUCUGCAAAGAAAUGUACAGUAAGUCAGUACAUUACAUCAUAGAUUUGCACCUUGCAGGGAAACAAGUGAGUGAAAGGAGCACCAUAAUGCAUAAGACUUGAUCAAAAUAAAAGGUGGUAAUUAAGAAAAACAGGUCCAUAUGAGAUACACAAACAGUUAGGUAAAAUAGUAUUAUGAUCAUUAUUAUGAUCAUUAUUAUACAAUAUUGAAUAUCUUUGUGUCAUAUGAUAAAUUAUGUUUUAGAUGUUAAAUGUUUACAUUCUUCACCGUAUUCCAUGAAAUGAUUAAGAUGCUCAAAGGGCAGGACCCCUGUGCUGUAGAGUCAGCUGCAAUAGUUCCUCAUUGUUUAUACAUGUUUGUUUAGUUCACUUUUAUGCCACAAUGUCAUCUGUACAGCAUAGAAAAGAAUGAACUCAUUGAAGAUGAAACAGAAGAGCACUAAAAAUGAUCGACUUUACCUCUGUGUUUGAAUUUCAUUGAGACAUAGGCUACAGUAUUCAAUAAAGCAUAAUAUACCACACGGUAAAAAAAAAUAUUUCCAUGAUUUGUUAACUUUAUAUUUUUGCCAGAUCAACUUAGAUAUACUAAUUUGUUUAAAUAACAUAAGAAUCUGUGUUUUUAUUGAAUAAACUAAUGGCACAAUGGCAAUGCACUGAUAUAAUGUAAAAAAUAAAUACAAAAUAGUAAAUUCCACUCAUUUCUAGUUAACGAGACCUUUUUAUUCAAAUUAUUAUUUAUUUUAUUAUAAAAUUUUAUUUUAAAUGAACAACAUUUUAAGGCAACCAGUUUAUUUACUUUAAGUUUAAUCAAAAUAAUUUCUUACAGUGCAUAGUUCACCACAUUACCACAUUCACCAUGGUCAAAAUACAUCAAAUCUGAUUCGUCCCCUUCUUUAAUAAGUAACAUGAAAUUUCAAUGACCUAAUGAACAAUGAACUUGAAAUGUCCCCUUUUUUCAUUUCAGAAAUCUGGUCACCUUACUAUAUGACAGCCAUUCUGCAAUGUAUAAAGUUCCAGUGGCAUGCAUUUGUAAAGCGGUAAAAAUGUAAUUCGAAAUUCACUUCAAGACGCUUUUUUAAAUGUUGUUAAACUUUAAAUGGAAUCUACAAAACACAGCGCAAGUUUACACCACGACGAUGUACUAAAAACGGAAAAGUUUUUCCUUUGCAUUUUUGAAAAGUUUCGCGUACAGACGACAACGUUGUCAAAACGAUCCCCGUUCACACGGAUCCGCGAAAACGACUAAAAAACACUGUAUUAUGCAUGCCAGGCCAGUAGUUGGCGAUGUCACUUUGUAAAGAAACACUACGCGCCUGCGCACAUAAGCAUUCUUCCACAGAGCGGUGAAUACAAACAAUGAAGAUGGCGAAAGCAUCGAGCAAUUUUGUCUGGACAUACGAUGAGGUUGCUUUAUUACUACAAUUACUUUGCUGGAGAAGCGUCAAUAAACUCAAAAUCUUGAGCAGCACAAACACAGUCUUGUAGUCCGCCAUUGCAGUUUUGAAUGUCUCGCACGUUGUUUUGAAGUAACAAAAGUAUAGACUGAACUCUCAAGAUUAUUCAAUAAACUCUGCUCAUUUUUACCAUCAUUCCCCCUGCUGACUCUUGGGCUGGUAGGAGAGUAAGUUAACAUAAGCUGUUGAUGUUGACUAGUUUUGGAUAUCAGACAGAACUCUGAUAUAUGGAUAUCUUCUAAUGGAGAGAGAGGUCUUGUGUACACUGGAUCUAACAUGCAUUUUCACUGCCUCAUGUUUUCAUAUUCUAAGCAUAUCAUUGAAUACAUGGCAUCACAUCUCUGUCUAUAGGCUAUAUACAUAAGCGGUGGGUGAAUGAAUUGCAGGGUAUAGGUACAUCAAAUAAAAUUAUAUAAAUAACAUUUAAAAUACAAAUAAAUUCUCCCCAUCUGAAUCCAUACAUUAAUUUCAAGAUUUUCAAAUUGCAGGUUCUGCCUACUGUACAAUGUUCACAUUCCAUACAAAACACUCCAAAUGAAUAAACUGUUGAUUAUUAUUUGCACAGACACCAGUAUUCAGAUUCAUAUCUCAAACUGAUGCCUAUCAAUCCAUCGUUCUUUAUAUAACACGUAAUACGCAUGCGCAUGGCGUCAUCGUUUUCACAAAUUCGCGUUUUUGUAUGUUUACACGGAGACGAUAACGGCAUCGUUUUCAAAAACUUUCACUCUGAAACCCGUUUUCAGGCCCCAAAACGCCGUUGUCGUGUAAAUGAACAGCCAAAACGCAUAAAAAGUUUUCCUUUGUGAAAACGUUGUCGUGUAAACGGCCCCUAACGCAACGGCCAAAGACGUUUGUCCAGCACAGUGCCUUACAAACUGCAGCGUGCAGCUACGAUUAGCUAGGAGUGUGACAUAAUCUCUGUUCAGUUCAAUAUUUUGAUAGCCACCGAUGCUACAAAAAUAUCGGCAUUACCCAGAUCUGACUAAAUUCGCUACCCGUGAGCUGUUUGAUUACAGCCGGCUGCUUUCCAACGCUCACAUGCGUGUGUCUGCACUUGUGUCUGCACUUGUGUCUUGUGAUGAAUGAAGGGCUCCUGCAUGAGAUUCUGCGCUGCUUUUAAUCAAAAUACCCCUCUUUAGGCGAUAUUAAUGUAAACCCAGCUGUUAAUUAAUUACGAGAGCAUAAACAGACGGGAUUAAAUCUGUCUUGAUGAGAUAUUAAAGCAAACACAGACGAUAAUGUAAGCAGACGGGACAAAUUCUUCAAAAUGUUAGAUCUGUGUGAUGUCUAAAUGUAUAUAAGCUGCAUGCUGUCUGUUAUAGUCAUUUAGGCUGUCUUACUGCAUCAAGUCAAUAUUAAUGUAUAUCUAUCACACAGUAAAGAGUGUCAGAUAUUUAAGUACUUUCAUUUGCAUUAAAUUACCUUUUUAAUGUUUUUAUAAUUUAUUUUUUUAAAUGUUUAAUUGCUACUGUUGCUAAAAAAACUUAAAGCAGUGUUUACUCUGUUCUCUAUUUAAUUACUGGCUCUUGAACAAGCUUGAAGCAAGUUUUACAAGAGAAACACUGAAGGCCUCAUUGUUUUAAUUUAAAUAGUUAAUAUUUAUUUAAAAAAAACUUUUGUAAAAUAACAGUGUUUUAUUGCAUAUUUGCUUACAAGUGCAAUACCAAGUUAAACUGUUAAUGAUGCUGCUUGUUUGCUUUUUACUUAGCAAGUGAGAAACAGGUUAAAUAGUUUUUUUUAUUAUAAUUUUUAUUAUUAUUAUUAUUAUUAUGCAGUUUUUUAACAGGGUUUUUUUUUUUUUUUUUAUUUUUUUUUUUUUUUUUGCAAUAAUCACAAGGUGCUGUUUGGUUUAUAAUGUAUUCGUGGCACCCCUUUGUGGACUUAGGACAUUUUAAAUUUAUAUAUUUGAUUAACAACUUUAUUGCAUUUUUGCAUAGACUGAAGCAGAUAACAUUUUGUCAGAACCUCUAGUAAAUUAUAUAUUACUUUGUUUAAUAACCUUAUGUCCAGGUUUUUUUAAUCACUGAAAUCAGCAUCAGAAUCGUGAGAGAAUUGUGAUCUUUAUUCUAAGCAAAAAAAAUUGUGAUUCUCAAUUUAUCCAGAAUUGUGCAGCCAGGGGUGGACUGGGACUAAAAAGUGGCCCUAGACUUUCUUGCCCAGAGCGGCCCACCAAACCCGGCCCGCAGCACACCAUACCAUAACAUACUGGCUCAUUGAUUUAAUUUUCCGGCUCAAUUUAAAGUUUUUGUGGUGAAAAAAAAAAAAAGAAGACAUAUCUAUUGACUGCUAGUCGUGACAUGGGACCCACAGUGCAUACAUUGUCAUAACUUUAAAACAUAUAAAACCACUGUAAAUGUGAUGAGUUGAUUUUUUUGAGAGAAAGAGAUAAAAUAAGCACUUUAUAGCUCAGACAAGUAGCAUGUCCAAAAACAUUUUUCCCAACAAACAGAUGUUAGGUUAAAAUGUACAUGAAAGUACAAGGGAAAGUGUGUAUUUUAGGAUCUGUGACAAGUCAGCAUUUUUUCAAAGUUUUUAAAGAUCUUAAUCACCUUUCAGCUUUUCUCUAGAAGUGCCAAUAAUCUGUUGUCUUAGUUACAAUGAGGUUGUGGAAACAAGUAUAAUAAUAAUACAUUAUAUAUGUAUUUAUAUAUAGCUAUACAAGAUCAUAAAAUGUUGUUUAAAAUAGUUAGAUGAAGUGUCACACAGCAGGACACUGAUCAAAUGCUUAAAAUUUCAUGUCAAUUACUAACAUAACUAUGUGUAAAUAUUUAUUUGAAAAAAAAUCAAUGAAAACAAAGUUGGCCAGAAUAUGUACAUAUAUAAAUAUAUGCAAAACAAAAUAAACAUACUUCUUAAAGUGUAGAACUUUGCAGAUUAAUUGCUUAUAUUUUCCCUCUAUGUGAGUUUUUUUGCGUCUUUAUAUCUGAAGUGUUUUAAUUCCUUCUCCAGAUUAUUCUUGAGAAAAAAUGAAAAGCCCUAUGCUUAGACAAGCGCUGUUUCUGCUAUCCUUUAAACAAAGUAAGCAUCAAAGACUCAAAUAGCCACAAAGUAAUAUUUUUCAUGACUUAUUUUCCACAUUUUUAUCAUUAUUCAGCAAGCCACACUUCAGAUCCCUGCAAUAUGAAUAAAUUAUGCAAAUGCUAUAUACUGCUCAUAGCUUUACUGUUUGCAGAUUUUAUAUACGCUGCUGUUAUUGUAUUUGUUGUAACUUGUAGUUAUUUGUCAUUUUGUGAUUAUUCAUAGCUCUUAUUAUACUUAAUAUGUUGUCUUUGGUUGUCACCAUUAUUGUGAUUUGUAUGU